AUGGGUGAUGCAACAUGCAAGUCUGGGCGUAGACUAGACAACUGGGUCUUCCACCAUACAACUGGCGUGUUUACGCCCGAGGAGAAGCAACAUGUCGCCCGCGAAAUGACCAAGGUAUAUACUGGGGUUGGCCUACCGGCCUUUUACCGCCAUGCACACUUCAUCAAGCUACAUCCCGAUAGCAUUUAUGCUGGCGGGGUGACUCCUCCUGCCUUCACAACGCUUUCUAUCUUCCAUAUCGCUCGAAGCUUUGACAACCAGGAGAUUCAGUAUAUGUUUUACAAGGGAUCGGAUGAUAUUUUAAGGCCAAUACUCAAGCCAAAAGGCGUCGAGCGGGAAAUUGGCGUUUAUGAGGCCAGGCGCGACUUGUGGAGGGUGAACAGACUCAUUCCACCUCCUACCGGCUCCGAGAUGGAGAAAAAAUGGUUUGCAGAAAACCGAGUCACGGAUGAAGAGGAACUCCUGAGGGCUCAGGAUCACCCAUGA